AUGGCGCAGCAUCCGCAGAGGCAGCAUCACACGGGUGGGGGGCCGUUCGGCGACACGACCUACACGAAGAUCUUCGUCGGCGGGCUGGCAUGGGAGACGCAGAGAGAGACAAUGCGGCGCUACUUCGACCAGUUCGGUGAGAUCCAGGAAGCCGUCGUCAUCAGGGACAAGACCACCGGCCGCUCCAAGGGCUACGGCUUCGUAAGCUUUUCCUCUUCUUCGUCUGCUGCCCUAAUGAGGCCUGUCCCUUGCCAACAGAUCUCCUUCUUCGCGCAGGUGACCUUCAAGGACGCAGAGUCGGCUCAGCGAGCUUGCCAAGACCCAUCGCCGGUGAUCGACGGAAGGAGGGCAAACUGCAACCUCGCCUCUCUUGGGGCCUCGACCCACAGCCGAUCUCGCCCACCCACUCCCCAGCACGGUUCCUCUCGACCUUUGAAAAAGAUUGCAAAUAUGGAUGCUCUUCGAUCUUCAUGUUCUCUUGAAAAGUUUUCUCCAAAUGCCCUCAGGGUUCAGGCGCUUCAGAGCUCCCUCCACAACCUAUCAUGCCCCCUCAACGCCCACGGCAGCGACCUUCUACCAUCAACCCACGCAUUACCCUCUGCCUUUCUCAGUUUGCGGGUAGAAACACGAGAUCCCAUGUUUCCUCCUCUUCUCCUUCUCUGA